AUUGAAAAACUUGCCCUGGUCAGCAUUUCAAGUCUUGAAAAAUGGCGGAGAAGUCCUCCUCCUCUCAAAACGCACAAGUCAAGAUUGGACAUUACAUUUUGGGGGAUACCCUAGGAAUAGGAACGUUUGGCAAAGUUAAAAUUGCCACACAUCAGCUGACCAAUCAUAAGGUGGCGGUAAAGAUCCUCAACAGGCAGAAGAUCAAGAGUCUCGAUGUUGUCGGUAAAAUCAAGAGAGAAAUUCAGAAUCUCAAGCUUUUUCGUCACCCACACAUUAUCAAACUGUAUCAGGUGAUCAGUACCCCCACAGAUAUCUUCAUGGUGAUGGAGUAUGUGUCUGGGGGAGAAUUGUUUGAUUACAUCGUCAAACAUGGCAAGCUGAAGGAGCCGGAGGCCCGGCGCUUCUUCCAGCAGAUUAUAUCUGGUGUGGAUUAUUGUCAUCGUCACAUGGUUGUUCAUAGAGAUCUGAAACCAGAAAACCUCCUUCUAGACAGCAGCCUCAAUGUUAAAAUUGCUGACUUUGGGCUUUCAAACAUGAUGCAUGAUGGCGAGUUUUUACGUACCAGCUGUGGCUCACCAAAUUAUGCUGCCCCAGAAGUCAUCUCAGGGAAGUUGUAUGCCGGACCAGAGGUGGACAUCUGGAGUUGUGGGGUCAUCCUGUAUGCCUUGUUGUGUGGAACACUGCCAUUUGAUGAUGAACAUGUGCCAACUUUAUUCCGGAAAAUUAAAUCUGGGAUAUUUGCUGUGCCAGAUUAUCUGAACAAAGAGGUCGUCAGUCUGCUGUGUUUGAUGCUGCAAGUGGAUCCACUCAAACGGGCCACCAUAGCCCAAAUCAGGGAUCACGAUUGGUUCCAAAAAGAUUUGCCGACUUACCUUUUCCCCUCGCCUCAAGAUCAGGAUGCAUCCAUCGUAGAAAUGGACGUCAUUCGUGAAAUUUGUGAGAAAUUCGGAGUGACGGAGUAUGAGGUACAACGAGCGUUGCUCAGUAAUGACCCCCACGACCAGCUGAAUAUAGCCUAUCACCUGAUUGUGGACAACCGCAGAUUGGCGGGAGAAGAACCCACCAUUAGUACAUUCACUGAUGUGGAGUUACAGGAGUUUUACCUGGCCUCGAGUCCUCCCCCUGAUUCCUUCCUCUUGGCAAAGCAGUCGCAUAUACUGGGCACACCGACCCCCCAGGAACAUGCGUCCAGUCCCAUGAGACCCCACCCAGAGAGAAUGCCAGAAAUGAAGAACACAACACACACUCUGGAGCCUGUCUCUAGUGCCAAGCAGCUAGGGGCUCAGGCAAAGAAGGCCAAAUGGCAUUUAGGAAUAAGAUCUCAGAGUAAACCAUUGGAUAUCAUGCAUGAAGUAUUCCGAGCCAUGAAAACGUUGGACUAUGAAUGGAAGAUCGUGACUCCAUACCAUGUUCGCGUUAGAAGGAAGAAUCCAGUCACAGGGCGUUUUUCCAAGAUGAGUCUACAGCUGUACCAGGUGGACCAGAAGAGUUACCUGCUGGACUUUAAGAGUCUGUCCAACGUGGAGAUCCACGAGUCCAUGUCCUCCUCGUCCUCCCUGGAGGGCGGCCGCAUGCCCCUAUCUCCCCCCUCCUCCUGCUCCGACCUAGAUCCCGUCACCGACACUGUUCUGUUAAUGCCUGAUCCUGCAGCAUCUGAAGCACAAGUUAUCAGUAACCAUGAAUCUGCUUCAACCAGUGAAAGUUUCUGUAGCAACCUAGACGAGAAAAUGGACAUAGAUGAGGAACAGCCUAGGCAGCAUCAGACCCUGGAGUUCUUUGAAAUGUGUGCAAGUCUCAUCACCACACUGGCCAGAUAGAGAACCACUCCGUUGGACCAAGGUCUUCUGCGACCAGUGAUGUGUAUUACUGGUCACCAAACAUUAGAUUUUAGAAAUAUUUUGUUAUACUUGUAAACGCUUCCUAAUUAUGUAUCUUUGCUGAAGGAUCUUUGUCCAUGUCCAGGUAUGUUUAGCAUCAUCUGAGAGGCCAAUGCUUCAACUGUGCAAUAUGAGAUAACAUGAGAAUACCAAACACUGUCAAAACACCAGUUCUGUGUUGUUGCCUGUCCCUGACUACAGGGGUGGUCAGUGAGAGGCUUGGUGUGGGAGAGUGAUAGACAGGUGCCCCUGCUCUGUGAUUGGUUAAUGUGGGUGGAUGGGAAAGACGUAGGAUCUUGUGAUAGUUAAUGUCAGCAUUGGUGAUAAGCUGCAGAUUUGUCUGCCCUUUUUAUGUCUACUCAUCUUUUAAUAUUUUUAUCUUUUAGAGAAGGCAUUACAGGCAUUUAUGUUUGAUACAGAUAUGAUGUACAUGAUGCAACUUUGAAAAAUGGCAGAUUAAGUUUAAAAAUGAGUUUAUUUCAGUAUAUACUAUUAUACAUGUAUAAAAACCAGAUUUACUUGUAGUAAACUUUACUUAGAACCUGUGACACCAACUUCAGGUGUUAUGACUUCUUGUUGAUUUCGUUAACCAUGUUGCACUACUGUUUACUUUAAACUCUGCUAUACUUACGGUACGAGUAUAUACAAAUGUACUUGUUUUUGAUACUGCAAACAGCUAUCUGUUUUUGCAUUACAGAGACAGUCAUGAUAAAUUUUACUGUAUUCUUGAAUCAACUGUCCACUUAAAAAUGUUUUAGCAGGGAAUAAGAACAUUUCUAGAAUUGCUUCAUAAUUUUGUUGUAUUUUAAAAGUGACUAUGUGGAAACAAAAUUAGCAUAUUCAUAAACUUUGUAAAACAAUGCAUCAUUGAUAUUUUGUCCAAAGACAAAUUGUUAAAGGUUCAUCAGACUUUGGAUUUAAUUGAGUUAUUUACAAGAAUGGAGGUGAGACAGUUGUGUGUGUGUGAUGAUCUAUCACUGAAUGACUCUAAUGCUCACCCUAUUUAGUAUUUUAAGUACAGAGAGAGAGAGAGAGAGGUCUGUUCUGUGGCAGCUGUUAAUGCCUCGGAUUUUGGAGUCUGAGCCUGCCCCAUGGCAGCUAGGUUUUGUACAUACACAGUGUGAUAGACCAAUGAGAGAGCACCUGCCUAAACAGAAUAUUGUAGCUCCUUCGAAUGUUGAACAAUUAAAUCAUUACAUGACUGAUGAAUAAGAAGUGAUUUAAUGUGAUUCUUCAGAGAGACAAUAUUCUUUACCAAAUCUCAAACAAUGAAAAAGUAUGUAGGAAAUGUAGUUGAAUCAAAUGUAGGAAACCUACGGUAAAACUUCCUUGCACCGAUUACAAUAAGGGAGACUUGUGAGGCUUGUCAGGAUAAAAUGAUUUGAAUGAAUACUGGUAUAUCUUUUUAUUCAGAAAAACUCACAUAUUUUCUUUUGAAUCAUCCGAAAGGAUAAUUUUUACUUUGAAUAUUAUAACAUAAUUUAUUGUAGAAAAUAAUUGCCAAAGGUAUCUGAAAUUGUUAAUUUAUAUUCAGUUUAUUUGAUUAAAAGUAUCAGAGUUAAGGAUGUGCAUGCACUCUUGUAAUGUAUUUAGUAAUGUAUUUAAGAACCCUGAUUAUUCACUGCUUAAUGGCUAUGUCAUUCACAGGUUUGUUGUUUGUUUACAUCACAAACUGUUGUUGAUUUUAUGUAUUGCUUUGGGUUACUCCUUAUUUAGAUGUGAUCCCUUGCAGUGGAUAGGGAUGGGUUUUCUGUUGUGAAUGUUAAAAUUUAAUACUUAUGUACAGUGAUUUAUCAUACAUUAUGAAAAUUAAAGCACUCUUUAAAUUA